CCCGGUGGCCGGUGCCGGUGGCCGCCGCAGGGAUGAGGAUCGCGGCGCUGCGGCGUUGCGUGUGCCCGGUGCUGCCGCCGAGGCGCGGGCUGUGCGGGCGGCAGGCGCGGGGCGCCGCGGCGGUGCGCAAAAUCACUGAGAAUGCAAAGAAAUCCUUGGCCUCUCUUAAGAGAGGAAACCCGCAGCUUGAGCCAACACUUGCAAUUAUCCAGGCACAUGAUGAUCAUUCGAUUCAAGAAGUAAACAAGAACUUUGCCAAAGAGGUUGGUCUACGUGUUAUUCACAUCUGUCUCCCUGAAGACAGCAGCAAGGAUGAGAUUGUCAAUGAAAUCUUGAGACUUAAUGAGGAUCCCAAUGUCCAGGGCCUUGCCCUUGACCUCCCAGAAAGCUUGUAUAGCAGUAAGGUAUUAAAUGCUGUGAAACCAGAGAAGGAUGUGGACGGAUUAUCCACUGUAAGCCUGGGACGCUUGGUAUGUGGUGAUGGCUAUGACUGUCUAGUUCCUCCUAUAGCGUGCGCUGUGAUGGAGCUUCUUGAAGAUUUAGGUGGAAAGACGGUGCUGCUGGUGGGAGCCGGCGGGGCGGUGGGUGCCGCCUUGCAGUGCAUGCUGCAGAGGGAGGGAGCCGUGACCGUGAGCUGCCAGUGGGAAGCCCCUCAGCUGCAGAGCAAGCUUCAUCACGCGGAUGUGGUGGUAGUUGGCAGUGCAAAACCUGAUGAUGUUUCUGUGAGCUGGAUAAAGCCUGGAACCACCGUUAUCAGUUGUUCUCGUGACUUGCUGUCAGGGAAACACAACUAUGGUCAGCAAAACAACCAUGCUGCUGAGAACGUUGUUGGUUGUCUUGCAAUAGCAAUGCGGAUGCAGAACAUGGUGAAAAACACGGAGCGAUGGAUCCAGUCCCAGCAGUACAGGAAGUGGAACCUCCGCUGCUUGAAACUGCAGCCCCUCUCCCCAGUGCCCAGUGAUAUUGAAAUUUCCCGAGCGCAGAGUCCAAAAGCUGUUGAUGUACUUGCCAAGGAGAUAGGAUUGCUUGCAGAUGAAAUUGAGAUCUAUGGCCAAACCAAAGCCAAAGUACGUUUGUCCCUGCUGGAAAGGUUAAAGGAUCAACCAGAUGGAAAAUAUGUUCUAGUUGCUGGAAUAACCCCUACACCCCUAGGAGAGGGGAAAAGCACAGUCACAGUUGGUCUCGUUCAGGCGCUUACUGCACACCUUAACAUUAAUUCCUUUGCAUGUCUGAGACAACCUUCCCAAGGACCUACUUUUGGAGUUAAAGGUGGAGCAGCUGGUGGUGGAUACGCUCAAGUGAUUCCCAUGGAGGAGUUUAAUCUUCAUUUGACUGGAGAUAUUCAUGCUAUAACUGCUGCAAAUAAUUUGCUGGCUGCUGCUAUUGAUGCAAGGGUCUUGCAUGAGAACACUCAAUCUGAUAAGGCUUUGUAUAAUAGACUGGUUCCAGUAGUUAAUGGCAUGAGAGCAUUUUCUGCUAUUCAGUUUGCCCGUCUGAGAAGGCUGGGAAUAAACAAGACUGAUCCUGGGACUUUAACAGAAGAGGAGAUCAGCAAAUUUGUGCGCCUUGAUAUUGACCCAUCUACCAUAACAUGGCAGAGAGUGGUGGAUACGAAUGACAGAUUCCUGCGCAAAAUAACAGUUGGGCAGGCAAAUACAGAGAAAGGAUUUGUCCGUCAGGCCCAGUUCGAUAUUGCUGUUGCAAGUGAAAUUAUGGCCAUCCUGGCACUUACCACCAGCCUUCAAGAUAUGAAGGAGAGACUAGGGAAAAUGGUGGUGGCUAAUGACAAGAAAGGAAAACCCCUAACAGCAGAGGAUUUGGGAGUAACAGGUGCUUUGACAGUUUUGAUGAAAGACGCAAUUAAGCCCACACUCAUGCAGACAUUAGAGGGAACACCAGUAUUUGUUCACGCUGGACCUUUUGCUAACAUUGCACAUGGAAAUUCUUCUGUUUUGGCAGAUAAAAUUGCCCUUAAAUUAGUUGGAGAGAAAGGAUUUGUAGUAACUGAAGCUGGCUUUGGUGCUGACAUUGGGAUGGAGAAAUUCUUCAACAUCAAAUGCAGAGCCUCUGGCUUGGUUCCCAGUGUGGUUGUACUUGUUGCUACAGUGAGGGCUUUGAAGAUGCAUGGAGGUGGGCCAAAUGUAACUGCUGGUGCCCCCUUGAAGAAAGAAUACACAGAAGAGAACCUCCAGCUGGUAGCUGAUGGCUGCUGUAAUCUACAGAAACAGAUUCAAAUUACUCAGCUCUUUGGAGUUCCUGUUGUGGUUGCUCUAAAUGUUUUCAAAACUGACUCUCCUGCUGAGGUUGAUCUGGUGUGCAAGAUUGCGAAGCAAUCUGGAGCAUUUGAUGCUGUACCCUGCACUCACUGGUCAGCUGGUGGUAGAGGAGCAGUAAAAUUAGCUCAAGCUGUGGAGAAGGCAGCCAAUCAGAAAAACAGUUUCAAGUAUCUCUACAGCUUGGAGCUUCCUAUUGUUGAAAAAAUAAGGAUCAUUGCUCAGAAGGUGUAUGGAGCUCAGGAUAUAGAGCUGUCUCCCGCUGCACAGUCACAAGUUGAUCGUUACACUCGACAGGGAUUUGGAAAUCUUCCCAUUUGUAUGGCAAAAACUCACCUAUCCCUCUCCCAUCAGCCUGAGAGGAAGGGCGUUCCCACUGGUUUCAUUUUGCCGAUUAGUGAUGUGCGAGCCAGUAUUGGAGCUGGAUUCAUCUACCCUUUGGUAGGAACGCUGUUAGCACAGUUCAGGCAACCUGCAAAGAAGGUGACUCUUUUGAAGGCAUUAGAGCAUCACAAGUCAGUGGCUUUCAGUCUUUUUCAAAGCAUUUCUAUGCUCCUCCAUUUUCCAGAUGAGCACCAUGCCAGGACUGCCUACAAGGCCAUGCUUCUAUGACAUUGAUCUUGACCCCAUCACAGAGCAAGUGAAAGGAUUGUUUUGAAAGUGAUGUCCAAAUUCAGAAGCCUUGAAAUUAAGAACUGCAACUUUCCUGUUUCUUGCAAGUAGAAGACAAAAAAUGAAUCUGAAAUAUUCCUGUUACGUGUCUCUGGAGGAAUGUCAAGAUAGACCAAAGAGCAAAAGUUUACUCUUUCUUCAAACUAGUUUCUACGAUUAAAUAUAGCUGUAAGGUUAAAAAAAAAAGGCAAGCUAAAGUUUUUCUUUCUCACUGUAGUACAGGAAGCUCUCGACUGGGGUUUAUGCUUGUUUGUGGAUAAAAUGACAUGGAAAAAGAGAGAAACUUUUUACCUUUGAGUUUUUGUCUUUUCUCAGAGGCAUUUACAGAAGUAUUUCCCUUAUCUUGGCCAUCUAAAAACUUGCAUAAACAUGAUUAUACUGUGUAAUCAAGCCUAUUUCUCUCUGAAAAAUACAUUUUCGCUCCUGGCAUUCAGGAGCUGAAACCACACACAGAUUAACUGCACAUUUUUAAGUUAUCAUCAAGCGUUGCUCUGGAUGCAUUUGUGCAACAGCCAAGCUUCAAGCAAGGAAGAUAUUAAGCAGAGAAAGAACAGAGCAUUUAUUCUUAAAAAAGUUUUUAAUAUAUGAUUUGUUUCCUUGUUGGGCAAGGAAAUCUUUUGAAAUGCUUAAGCCAUAGCUGUCUCAUAUCCAUAGGUCUGUCUUUACCCAAUACAUAUAUUACAGUCUGUCCAGCUGAUUAUGCGCUUGUUGUGGUGAAACUGGUUGUUCAGAGAGGGUAUUGCUCCUUCUGAAGCCCUGUUUUGCUCCUGUUCUUGCCUAAUGAAGCCUCCUGCUGUGCUGGCUCCUGACCUACAGUUUUUCUUGUCCUGUCCCUGGCAGUACACAAUGCCCAGUAACAACAGAGGAAUGUCCAUCAAGCAAGGAUGCAACAGUGCAGAGCUUUGUUCUGCUUUGUUCUGCAGGUUUUAAUCACCAUACUGUAAAACUGGAGUGUGUUAUUAUUUGAAGGGGGUAUUUGAACAAGUUAAAUCUUAAACCAUGUGUGUUAAUUUACCCGAGUAACUUAUCUUGUCUUUUUUUUGCUAAAUCUGCAGCAAAACAAGGAUACUGCAUUUAGCUUUUCAAGCUGCUGCUCCUCAGGAAACUCACUGACUGACUGUUGGCGCCUUCAAUAACAAAAAAAGCAAUAGAACAAUAGGUUGAAUCAAGAUAAUAGUCUAUUGGGUUUUUUAGGUAAAAAGCAGUGAAAUAAUGAUGAGAGAGUUUAUUUUCCUGGUGACGUUUUCCAUCCUGUCGCUUUGCUCUGCUUACGCACAUCUGUAUGUUAUGGGCUUCUGCAAUGUAGUUUUGGUUCCCUUCUACACAGCCACAUUUGGAGACUUAAUUAUCUCAGGAACUGUGUUGAAAUUGAGGGGUUUGUUUUGGUUUUUAAAAUCAUGCUUCGUUAUUUAUAAACUCAAAACUGUAAUUAUGGACAGAAGAGCAAACUGGGGACAAUUAAAAUAAUUAUCUGUGCCUUCCCUGGAGUAGCACGGAAAUGUCUGUUGACUGCAUUUCAGAACUGUUCUAUUCAUAGUGUGGUCCCCUAGCACCAUGGGGAUUUCUGUGAAGAUAAACUUAAACAUAAAAAAAAAAGAGCUAUUUGAUAUUUUAGCCUGAUUAGACGAUAGAGCUUGUAACAGCCAAGACUGUGGAUGCUUUAAUUACACUGGGGCAGGACAAACAUGAUCAGCAGAAAGUAAGAUUCAAGUGUGGCGCUCUCAGCUACUGGGAAGAGAGAUUGCUGAAAUUUUCUAUUAAAUUGUGCCGCAAAACACAACCAUGCUAUUCAUACACAUAACGGUGUUGUAAUUUAGUUUUGCACACACUGAGCUAUCUAGCCUAGAAAUAGCCAAAGACUUUUCUGGAAGAAAGUGUGGUUGCCAGCCAUAGUUUUCCUAGUAGCAUCCUUACAAGAAAAAUAAAUAACAUUUUCCCUCCGUCUUGUCCAAAGAAAUACAGAACAUCAUAACUCUGCCUUACUAGUGGUCAUUGUGGUUCCCCCUCAGGUGCAUUGGACCUAUCUCCAUGUGGUAUGGGAUACUAAACAUGGCACUAGCUGGCUGCCUGUGAAGCUUCCAUGUGGAUAUGGAUGCCUGAGCAACAAGUUUUAGAAAUCAUUUCAGACUGCUGCUAGAUAUCCUUUCCAUAGCGUAGUCUCCGUAUUGUCCCUUCAGGUCACACACACUGGGACUAUUUAUCUGACCCAUCAGUCUCUCCCUAUAACAUCAUGCCGGCUCAAUUAGUUGAGAGUUGACAAACAUCCUGUUUUUUCUACUGUCAUGUGCACAGGAUAUCUUACAUUGUUUUGAUAGCUUCGGUAAUUCAAGGAAAGCUGGAAUGACCCUCUCUUCUUUUGUCCUAGACUUUUCCCCACACCAUCUAGUUGACUAUCCGCAAAGUCUCUUGAGCUAUUACAUUUUUAGUUCUUCAUUUUACGUUUUAGUAGAAGACUUGUUAAAAAUAAUCCAUGUUGGCAUGCAGAUUCUGUCUCGUGAUCCAGAGGGGUUGAGCUAUUGGCUACCAGCUGAGCUGCAGAAACUGCUGUAGUAUAGGUUCCCUAGGGUUGCCCUAGUUCUGAGGCCUUCAUCAAGAAGGAUUUAAAACGAAGACUUUUUUUAAGGUGUUAUUGGUAGGCAUAUCACUUUGCAUGUGAUUGCAGGUGUGGAGCUCCUGCUUUUGCAUCUGGUCUGAGCAAUUUUGUGACACGGCAGAACCAUGGCAUAUGGUAAUGGUAAUAUUACAAGGCAGCUUGCCAUGCUUAGCCCUGCAUUCGCUAAAGCAUGUUAAGCGCCAUACAGUUGUUUAUUGUCAGAAGAUCUGCUUUUUGUAGCGACUGACUACUUUGUUAUUGCUACUGCUGAACUACUUCUGUAAUGACAUUGAAAUACUUCAGACUACAUACAAUGACUUUGUUUGUAUUUUGAAAUUCAAAAUCCCAGGAUUUCAGUUGCCAUGAACAUGAAAAUAAAGUAUGUCUGUACUGAUGUUUGGUUUGCACAAGCAGUGCCUGCAUUCAUUAAUAAAGUACAUCCAUUAUUUAA